UCUCUGCUUACCGUUCUUGUAUACAGCGACUAGAUCAAGCAGAUGACUUGCGUGCAUUAUCGGCCAGAUAUGCGCUUAUUGUUGAGCUUAUUGAGGAUACCAAAUUGGCUACACGAACCUAUUCGAGCCGCAUCAAUGCUUUGUUUUCUUCCGCACUCAUAAAUUUCAUGGAACAGCUACCUGUGCAAUUAACUCCACUUAUAAAGCCUUUAAUGGAUACAAUAGAAUCGGAAAAUAGUUCACACAUUGCUAAUUGUCACUUAGUUAAUGCUUUUUCUACACUCAUUGAGCGAACAUCUAACAGGAAGCCAUGCCCGCAUUCUAAAAUUUUACGUCAACUUAUGUUGGGUCUGGGUCAAUGUGAUCAAUGGUCACCUAAAGCUCUUAAAUGGAAUGAACAAUCACUUCUUCAUAAAAUUAUUAGCUUGGAACAUUCAGAAUCGGCCACUUGCCAUUAAGACACGGAAUUGUGUGAAAGUAUUGAAGUUUAUUUGUGAGAGAUUUGGUUCGAAAAUUGUUGAAAUUUGUCCUGAGAUGGUUAACGGGCACUUAUGGGACAUGGUCAAAGAAAACGAUGAUGGAGAGGAAUUCCUACUUGUAUUGGAUUAUUUUGGAGUUAUAUUUCCAGCAAUUACUGAUAAACAAAUACGUCUUUCUUUAAUUAAAGAAAGAAUAGGUCCAAAAAUUCCUCACAUAAUGGCAUUAUUAGUCAAUACAAAUCCUGCUAUUCGAUUUAGGGUUGCCCGUUUUCUCUCGAAUCUUACAGAAAUUGAGUUAUGUCCCAUGUUGAGACUUUUCUUCCAGCCGCUUUCUGAAAUGAUAUCAGAUAAUGCUUCGACUUCUGUUGAAUGGGCUAUGUUAGGAGCAUCAGAACUUUUGCUUAGGUUAUCUACUAUUGCUAGCAAAUUGCUUGGUGCAAUAUCACUCAUAUCUCUGUUGGCACUACGCUGUAUUGGAGAUCGAAAUGAAUCGGUUCGAGCGGCUGCCGCCCUUGCCUUUCGUCAAUUUGUUGCUUUGUUACCUUUAGAAAAUAGACAAAAUCAUUUUUUACACGAAUUGUUUGAUGAUAACAAGUUGAAUGACCAAUCUGAGAUGACGAUGUUGCAGAAUACAUACAUUAAUUCUUUCUCUCUAGUUGAUGUUCUUGGAUGUCCGGGCAAUUUGCCUAAGUUAAGACGUGAUGAAAUUCCAUUUCUUGUUGAUACAUUGGAUUUACGUGAUUAUCAGAUUGAAGGUUUGGGAAACAUUUUUUAUAUAAAUACCGUAAUAUGCAGGUAUUACAUGGCUGACUUUUCUUAA